UUCUUCUUUUGUUAAAUAUUAUUUUUGUCAAAAUUUUAAGUAUGCUUGGAAAAUCUUAAAAAAAUAAUUAAAAUAAACUUCCCAUCCCCUGUAUAAGAUGGCACAAAAAGACGAUAGCCUCUUCCUCCUCGAGGUAUUGAUAGACAAAAUUGUUUUAUCAAAAGUUCCAUGUUUCACCGAUAAGGAUUUCAGAACUUGUGUAAGCAUCGAAUGUCCAUCGGUACAGACUCUCGAAAUUUGCGACGAUGAGACAGGAAGCAAUGUGGCGAGAAGUGAUGGACCUUUCACGAAAACUUUCAAUAGCGGAAAAUCAUGUUUGUUCUCUCUUAAAGAAGAUCUGAUCAGUAAAGCCAUGUCUAAAUUUCCGAUUCAUGUAACAGUUUAUCAAUCUCUGCCUUGUGGUUGUCUACCCUCUAAAGUUAUAUUAGGAGAAUGUGAAAUUGAUAUGACCAAAGAAUUUGUUGAAGCUCGUAAUAAAUAUCUAGAAGAUCCCAAUAACGUUAGUUACCAAGCUUUGAAGGACUCGUUUAAGAUAGUCAGUAAAGAUCAAGGAGAAUCAGGAGAAAUUAUAAUGUUUUUACGCAUAUCUUGUUUUGGGAAAUUAAUUGUGACAAAGUUCCAAGGCACGGGUGCAACUAACGCUAGAUCAAGUGGAGCAUCAGCAUCAGUAGAUCGUUCAUGUUUGCCUCCAAGAGAAUUUCAAUCCGCUCAAGAUCCUUGUGUUUGCGGAAACAAAAGAAUUCUAGGAGGCACAAGUGGACAUUCUUGCACUGUAAGCGGACCUGCUACCGGUGGAGUGUGCCCACCUGCGCGGGACCCAUUUAAUAGUAUGCCAUGUGAAGAACCAGACGACCCCUGCUUUUGUACCGGGCCAAAAUCUCAAGCAAAGCAAAAAAUGAUAUGCAGAAAUACUGACCAAUACUGUUUACACGUACCUAAAGGUACUUCGCUGCAUGUGCCGUACGAUGAAGAAAAUAUAGGGAUAAAUAACCCUAAUCUUCGAAGCGAGAUAGAAUUAGCAAUUCUAAACUUAUAUGAAAAUGGUAUGAAGACUGAUCUGAAAAGUGAAUACACGUCAAAUAGUGAAAGUUCCCAAUGGCUAACGGAUACAAGUAUCUCGGAGGAAGGGAAAAAAUCAAAUUCAGGUACAGCUGAUUUAUUUUCGAAUAGUUCCAUCUGUACUGUCAGCGCUAUAAGAUCAAAAAAUAGAAGCGUUACUUUUGCAAAAACCGUCGACUAUUUCUGGAACUCACAAAAUCAAGCCAUUCACCUGACUACAAAAAAAUCUAAUAUGAUCAAUAAGGCAGAGAAUGCUUUAUUCGGGAAAAACGAGACCACGGUCUAUAUGACUUUGUUUGAAGAUUACACUCGUCGACAAAGUACUGGGACGCAAGCUACUGGCUCUAUUAACAAGUGUCUACAGUUUAACGGCAGCAAAAUUAUCCCUACAAUUAACUGUUCAAAUUACAACGCUAAACGUUCCAGUACAAAUUUGUUGUACCUUAACAACAAAAAUCCUAUUCCAAGUCAUUUCCGCAACCAAAGCAUAUAUUUCUUUGGUAAGAAAAAAGAUGGAGUUAAAUUGAAUAAGGGGAUGGGAAGUCAAGAUUCAAUGAAAAGCAGUCAGCAUAAGUGUACACCGACAGCAGUUUCCACACAGGCCUGUGCUUCUAAAAGUUGCGUAUCAAUGCAAACAAAAAAAAUUACAGAAAAUAAUUCAAGCACAGGUCCAAAAUCAGUCACAAUUAAAACGACUCCGUUAAAACCAUGUCCAGCACUCGGUACGGUCAAGGGCGAAAUGAUGGCGACUGUAUCCCAUAUUAAAAUAGCGCCGACGCAGCCGUGUCCGGUACAUGGGAAAGAUCCGUGUCAGGGUCCCAGUUGUAUUGCUGCUACAACACAAGAAGAACAAGGUCCUGUAAAAGUAUCUACAGUGAACAAUCCACGCCGCGGUGUAUUCGAAUUGGUAAUUCGUAAAAUGACUGGCGCUCCACUGGCGAGAAAUGAAUUGAUGCUAGAAUGGACACCCCCACCGUGUCGGACACCAUCGUGCACGGUCCCCGGCUCUUGUCUCGGAUCUCAGCACAAGCCAUCAUGCCGACAAUCGAAGUAUAAAAUCAUAUCUUGUAGACCAUCAUCUUGCAGACCAUCAUCGUGUAGACCGAAGCAUACCAGUAAAAUAUACAAACGACCUUGCAGCCCAACACCUGUCCCGUUAUGCCCAGGAUUGCCUUGCAAAAGAUGUUGUAGGUCAUCGUGUUGCGGAAAGUCAUGCCGCUCCAUUCCAACAUGCUUACCAGUAAUCACCUGUUCACCAAAUCCAUCUCCAUGUGUAAGCCCAUGCCCUCCGUCGCCCCCUUGCAAAAAUCCGUGUAGGUCACCGUGCAGUUCUCCCUGUCUACGACCUUGUCCUGUAGGACGUAAGCGUCCGAAACGUGCUCGAAGUCAUCCUCGAAUUAAAGCACACCCAAAACGAACUUCACCAUGCCUUAAUAAAACUAAAGUCUGCCCAGUCCUGCGCUGCAAAAGUAUAUUUAUGCCUUGCGUUAGAUGCUGUAAUGUCGUAGCUUGCUAUCCGCGUAGGAUUUGCUCUAUGACGCCAUGCAAACCUUUGAUGACAUGCAGAAGCGACUGUUCUACUAAAUGCUUAGAAUGAUUAUAACAUUACACCUAGUUGCGAAUAAAGAUAAUUUAAACUGAAAGUUAAAAA